AUGUCCAGACGUCCGUGCCCCCGAAACUUGACCACCACGUCCGCCCACCGCGGCCGCGUCCCCGUCCCCGUCCCCGUCCCCGUCCCCGUCCCCGUCCUCGUCCUCGCCCUCGUCGUCAGCACCACACAGCCCGCCAUGGCCACCUCCAGGAUCUCGGCGCCGCUGAGGGCCAUCGCCCGCCCGCUGGGCAGCCCGUCGACCCGGCACGCCGCCCUCGCUGCGCGCUGCACCAAGUCGAUUGCAUCCUGCCUCGCCCGCCCGCUCUCCACCUCGCCAUGCUCGCGAGCCGCCGUCUCGCCCACGACCGCCUCCGCCUCCGCCUUCGUGCCCGUCCAGCCGCUCGCCCAGCAGACGGUGCUCGCGACCGUCCACCGCUUCCCGUCCCUCGAGCCCCUGCGCUUCGACGUCUUCCCCGCAAAUCACCUGCACCUCCCCACAAGAAAGGACGUCCUGCACCGCGCCGUCAUCUACGAGGGCGACAUGACCCGCCUGGGCACCGCCUCGACCAAGAACAGGUUCGAGGUCCGCGGCUCGGCCAGGAAGAUGCGCCCCCAGAAGGGCUCCGGCCGCGCCCGUAUCGGCGAUGUCAAGUCGCCCACCAUUCGCUCCGGAGGGGUUUCCCACGGCCCCCGGCCGCGCGACUUCUCCACCGAGCUGCAGAAGAAGGUCUACGACCUGGCCUGGCGGACCGCCCUCUCCUACCGCUUCCGCAGGGGCGAGCUGAUCAUCGUCGACAACGCCAUGGAGAUCGAGAGCCCGUCGACACGCCUGUUGGAGCACGUGCUCAAGUACCAGGCAAAGCAGAAAGGCGGCAAGGGCACGAGUCUGCUGGUCACGCUGGAGGAGCGACCCAUGCUCGAAAUGGCGCUGGAACAGCUGGACGCUGGCGACCGAACGCUGCUCUGGGACGAGGUCGACGUCAAGAACCUGCUCGAGGGAUCGCGCCUGGUCAUCGAGCGCGCCGCGCUGCACAACAUCCUGCUCUCGCACCAAGAGGACCUCACGCACACACCCAUCAAGCCCUGGGAUAAGCGCCUCGUCCGAUCAUCGCCAGCAGAGGAGCUCGAGUCCACCAUUGGCUGGCCAGAGUUCCGCGGACUGAUGCUCACCGAGCCCAAGGACAGGGACGCCGCCCGCGCAGACGCUUACGAGAGCGUCGCCUCGACACGCUACGCCUAUGCCGAAUCGCUGCCAGAGGGCCCCAAGCGCACCGAGCUCAUGGUCUCCGCCUACAACCUCCUCGCCGAAGCCAAGCAGUACCAGUUCGCCCAACGGACCGGCAUGCCCUUUGCCGACUACGCACGCAUACAGAACAAGCGCAACGCAACCUCGCACUUCCCCCGCAUCCAGGCCCUGGACUACCAGAUCACGGCCAAGACACAGCUCGGCGGCACCGCAGAAGAGACGUCGCGCGUCGCGGCCGAGACACACUACGUCGAGGUGCGCGAGCUGGAGGUGGACAAGCAGGACAUCAUCCAUGAAGCUGCGCUGCUCGCCGCGCAGGUGCAGGAGCACGUCGCCGAAGCCCACAGCCUCGCUGGCGACGCCGCAGCCGCCGAGCUAGCGCUGGCCCGGGCGAGCGUCCAGCGCACCAACGUCGACAGCCACGAGCUCGAGCUGCUGUCUGCCCGCGUCGAGCUCGCCAAGCAGAAGAAGUCGCUCGCCCACGUCCAGGGCAACGGCAAGGCUCAGCAGGAAGCACAGGAGCAGAUCAAGGCCGCCCACGAAGCGCUCGAGACUGCCAUGGCCGAGCAAGAGGCGUUGAACUCGGUCGCGGAAGCCGAGGAGCUCGAGGAGCUCGAGGAGCGGGAGCAGCCCGUGCAAGAGAAGCGGUAG